UUUUAUUGUUUAUUAUUCCAAAUUUAAAUAUGGCUGUAACUGGUUCUGACGCUUGUAAAAUUAUUGGUGCUAUUAUCUUGCCCCCUCUUGGUGUUUUCUUUGAAAGAGGUUGUGGUGUUGACCUUCUUAUCAACGUUGCCUUGACCUGUCUUGGUUUCAUUCCUGGUAUCAUUCAUGCUCUUUACAUUAUUCUCAAGUAUUAGGUUAAAAAAAAGAGAAUGCGUACCGGAAGCUUUACGAUGUUUAUAAUUAUACCAAAACUUACUGUAGUAUGAUAAUAAAAUAAGAAAUUUGUUUUUGUCCUAAUAGACUUGAAACUGUACCAUGUCCUUCA